CGCGCAGCCACCAUGAGCGCCGCCGCCUUCCACAUCUCCAGCCUGCUGGAGAAGAUGACGUCCAGCGACAAGGACUUCAGGUUCAUGGCCACCAGUGACCUGAUGUCAGAGCUGCAGAAAGACUCCAUCCAGCUGGACGAGGACAGUGAGCGCAAGGUGGUGAAGAUGCUGCUCAGGCUCCUGGAGGAUAAGAACGGCGAGGUGCAGAACCUGGCUGUCAAGUGCCUGGGUCCUCUGGUGGGCAAAGUGAAAGAGUACCAGGUGGAGACCAUUGUGGAUACCCUUUGUGCCUACAUGCGGUCAGACAAGGAGCAGCUCCGAGACAUCGCCGGCAUCGGCCUCAAGACUGUGCUCUCGGAGCUCCCCACUGCAGCCACAGGUUCCGGACUGGCUACCAACGUGUGCCGGAAGAUCACAGGACAGCUCACCAGUGCCAUCGCCCAGCAGGAGGAUGUGGCUGUGCAGCUGGAAGCCCUGGACAUCCUGUCUGACAUGCUGAGCAGGCUGGGAGCCCCGCUGGGCGCCUUGCACGCCAGCCUCCUGCACUGCCUGCUGCCGCAGCUGAGCAGCCCGCGCCUGGCCGUGCGCAAGCGGGCCGUCGGGGCGCUCGGCCACCUGGCGGCCGCCUGCAGCAGCGACCUCUUCGCCGAGCUCGCCGACCACCUGCUGGAGCGGCUACCCGGCCUUCGCGCGCCCGCCAGCCCCCCCCCCAUAAGGAGCUUGGAUCAGUCACUUUUUGGAUCUGGAGGCUUUGACCUACCUGGCCUUGCAGGGGCCCAUCUGGACCGCCUGGUGCCCCUGGUGGAGGAGUUCUGCAACCUGGAUGAUGAUGAGCUCCGGGAGUCCUGCCUGCAGGCCUUCGAGGCCUUCUUGAGGAAGUGCCCCAAGGAGAUGGGCCCUCACGUGCCCAAUGUGACCAGCCUUUGCCUCCAAUACCUGAAGCAUGACCCCAACUAUAACUAUGACAGUGACAGGGACGAGGAGCAGAUGGAGACAGAGGAUAGCGAAUUCAGUGAACAAGAGAGCGAGGACGAGUACAGCGACGACGACGACGACGCCAGCUGGAAGGUGCGCCGGGCCGCGGCCAAGUGCCUGGCGGCCUUGAUCGGCUCGCGGCCCGACCUGCUGCCGGCUUUCCACCGCACGCUGGCGCCCGCGCUCGUCCGCCGCUUCCGGGAACGCGAGGAGAACGUCAAGGCCGACGUGUUCGGGGCCUACGUCGCGCUGCUGCGGCAAACGCGGCCCCCGAAGGGCUGGCUGGAGACGGUGGAGGCGCCCGCGCAGACCGGCAGCAACCUGAGCGCGCUGCGGGGACAGGUGCCCCUUGUGAUCAAGGCCCUGCAGCGGCAGCUUAAAGAUCGGAGUGUCAGGGCCCGCCAGGGCUGCUUCAGCCUUCUCACUGAGCUGGCGGGCGUCGUCCCCGGCAGCCUGGCAGGACACAUGCCCGUGCUGGUGUCAGGCAUUGUCUUCUCGCUGGCCGACCGCGCCAGCUCCUCCACCAUCCGGAUGGACGCCCUGGCCUUCCUGCAGGGGCUACUGGGCACAGAGCCAGCCGAGGCCUUCUACGUGCACCUGCCCACCCUCCUGCCACCUAUAAUGGCCUGUGUGGCCGACCCUUUCUACAAGAUCUCAGCUGAGGCCCUGUUGGUGCUACAGGAGCUCGUGAGGUCCCUGUGGCCACUGGACAGGCCUCGGAUGCUGGACCCUGAGCCAUACGUUGGAGAGAUGUCCAUGGCCACCCUGGCACGACUCCGCUCCACUGACCUGGACCAGGAGGUGAAGGAGCGGGCCAUCUCCUGCAUGGGCCACCUUGUGGGCCACCUGGGCGACCGGCUUGGGGAUGACCUGGAGCCCACAUUGCUGCUCCUCCUGGACCGCCUGCGAAAUGAGAUCACCCGGCUGCCCGCUGUCAAGGCACUGACACUAGUGGCCAUGUCCCCACUGCAGCUUGACCUGCAGCCCAUCCUGGCCGAAGCACUGCCCAUUCUGGCCUCAUUCCUGCGCAAGAACCAGAGGGCACUGCAGCUGGCCACACUGGCUUCCCUGGAUGCCCUGGCCCAGAGCCAGGGACACAGCCUCCCACCAUCCGCCGUGCGGGCCGUGCUGGCCGAGCUGCCUGCCCUGGUCAGCGAGAAUGACAUGCACGUGGCCCAGCUGGCUGUGGACUUCCUUGCCACCGUGACUCAGGCCCAGCCGGCCUCCUUGGCAGAGGUCAGUGGCCCUGUGCUGUCUGAGCUGCUACGGUUGCUGCAUUCACCCCUGCUGCCAGCGGGCGUGCUGGCGGCCACUGAAGGCUUCCUGCAGGCUCUGGUGGGGACCCGCCCCCCAUGCGUGGACUACUCUGAGCUCAUCAGCCUGCUCACAGCACCAGUUUAUGACCAGGCUGUGGACAGCAGGCCGGGCCUGCACAAGCAGGUGUUCCACUCGCUGGCUCGUUGCGUGGCAGCGCUCUCAGCUGCCUGUCCCCAGGAGGCAGCAGACAUGGCCAACCGCCUGGUCUGCGAUGCCAGGUCGCCCCACUCGAGCACGGAGGUCAAGGUCCUGGCGUUCUUGUCGCUGGCCGAGGUGGGUCAGGUGGCCGGGCCAGGCCCCCAGCGGGAGCUGAAGGCGGUGCUCCUGGAAGCCUUGGGGUCGCCUAGUGAGGACGUGAGGGUUGCAGCCUCCUAUGCUCUGGGUCGUGUGGGGGCUGGCAACCUGCCCGACUUCCUGCCCUUCCUGCUGGGACAGAUGGAGACUGAGCCCCGGCGGCAGUACCUGCUGCUGCACUCGCUCAGGGAGGCCCUGGGGGCCGCCCAGCCUGACAGCCUGAAGCCCUACACCGAGGACAUCUGGGCACUGCUGUUCCAGCACUGCGAGGCUGCUGAGGAGGGCACCCGGGGGGUGGUGGCUGAGUGCAUCGGGAAGCUGGUCCUGGUGAACCCUCCAUUCCUUCUGCCCCGCUUCCAGAAGCAGCUUGCUGCAGGUCGGCCACACACCCGGAGCACUGUCAUCACAGCGGUCAAGUUCCUCAUCUUGGACCAGCCCCAUCCCAUUGACCCUCUCCUGAAGAGCUUCAUCGGAGAGUUCAUGGAGAGCCUGCAGGACCCAGACCUGAACGUGCGCCGCGCCACUCUGGCCUUCUUCAACUCGGCCGUGCACAAUAAACCCUCGCUGGUCUGGGACCUGCUGGACGACAUCCUGCCCCUCCUCUACCAGGAGACAAAGAUCCGCCGGGACCUCAUCCGAGAGGUGGAGAUGGGGCCCUUUAAGCAUACAGUCGAUGAUGGGCUGGACGUGCGGAAGGCGGCCUUUGAGUGCAUGUACUCACUGCUCGAGAGCUGCCUGGGCCAGCUGGACAUCUGUGAGUUCCUGAACCACGUGGAGGAUGGGCUGAAGGACCACUACGACAUCCGGAUGCUGACUUUCAUCAUGCUCGCACGGCUGGCUACUCUGUGUCCUGUGCCUGUCCUGCAGAGGGUGGACCGGCUCAUUGAACCACUCAGGGCCACCUGCACUGCCAAGGUCAAGGCUGGUUCCGUGAAGCAGGAGUUUGAGAAGCAAGAUGAACUGAAGCGCUCUGCCAUGAGGGCAGUGGCCGCCCUGCUGACCAUCCCCGAGGUGGGGAAAAGCCCCAGCAUGGCCGACUUCUCCUCCCAAAUCCGAUCCAACCCAGAACUUGCUGCCCUCUUUGAAAGCAUCCAGAAGGAUUCUGCUUCAGCGCCCAGCACGGACUCCAUGGAGCUCAGCUAG